GCCUGGUAUAUUGGCGCUGACCGCCGCCUGGCCACACUGGCGAUGUGGUGUGACCAAAUUCGUGCUCGCUCCGCGAGUCGCCGUCAAAAAACUGUGAAAUUACACAUGAAACUAAACAAAUAAUCGCGUAAAAUUAGCGAAAACAUGUGCAGCGGUCGUUAGAAGAGUGCGGCAACCAUACGGGCCAGUGAAAACGUGCAGGUGCGAGCGAGGAAACACGCGUACGCGUCACUGGCAACAACAACAAACACUCAGUGCACCAACACUCAUAAACACACACUCACGUACACACGCACGGACUCGCGCGAACACGCGCGCACACAUGCAUAAACACCGACGCACAUGCAACAAAAAUAAAAUAAAAACAAAAGAGCCAGCGAAAGAAUAACACAAAUAAAUUUGAUAAAUUCAAUUGUAAAUUAAGGCAGCUGCAAGUGUGCAAGAAAAUGUGCUAAGCAAAAAUAUCAAAUACUGACUUACGCAUACUAAUCCCACCCAGUUGCCACCCCUGCUUCUUGCACCUGUAAGGAACAGGUGACUAAUGCACUGCUCGCGAAGUUUGUCAGCUGCUGGCGCUGUGGAUGCAACAACAACAAAACUAACGACAUCCGCAUCGGCAACAACAACAUCGGCUUUCUACAGAGCUGCGACGUCGGCGUCGGCAGAGGCCUCUGUCUGCACAACACCAGCGACAACAAAAUCAAAAACCAAAACUAUGGCCACCACCACAACAACAACAACAACGGGAGCAACAAAUGCUAAAGAUGGCGUCACAAUGCGCGAGAAAAAGGGAGGAGCUCUUCAAAAACUCAAGAAGAGGCUUUCGCACAGCUUCGGCAGAUUAACCAUUUCCCGCGAAGAUGGCGACGAGUCGACGCACCACCAUCACCACCACCAUCAUCACCGCGGUGGACAUGGCGGGCACCACAACCACGGUAACAAAGUUCCAUACAACGGCUACAAUUCGGAGGAAUACUUGGACCGGCUCGAACCGAAUGGCAAUAUACCUGCUGACAAGACAAAUUGCAGAUAUGGAGCACAAGAGUCUGCGAAAAAUGAUAAUAACAAACCACAAGACUGGCGCAGCACGGACAGCACCGACCACCACGAUCGCGUCCAGAGACAGCUUUCCGUGUCCUCCGACAGCAAGUUGCUCGACGAGGACAUCCGCGAGGAGAUGAAGUACCACUCCCACGUGGUGAUGCGUCCCAAGAAGCCGCCCAGACCCAAGUCCGAGGUCUUUCUGAACAAACAGGAAACGCAUCCGCGCCGGAAACGAUUCAGUGCAUUUGGUGGCGACUCCCCAUUCGGAAAGCAGGAGGCCUACGUUAAACUCGAGCCGCUGGGCGAAGGGUCCUAUGCGACGGUCUACAAAGGAUUUAGCAAAUUAACCUACCAGCGGGUGGCGCUGAAGGAGAUUCGCCUGCAGGAGGAGGAGGGAGCACCCUUCACCGCGAUCCGCGAGGCCUCGCUGCUGAAAGAACUGAAACACAGCAACAUCGUCACGCUGCACGACAUUGUCCACACGCGCGAGACGCUGACCUUUGUCUUUGAAUACGUGAAUACGGAUCUGUCGCAGUACAUGGAGAAGCAUCCGGGCGGCCUGGACCAUCGCAACGUUCGCCUGUUCCUCUUCCAGCUGCUCCGUGGACUCUCCUACUGCCACAAGCGGCGCGUCCUCCAUCGGGAUGUCAAGCCGCAGAACCUGCUCAUUAGCGACUGCGGCGAACUGAAGUUGGCCGACUUCGGACUGGCCAGGGCCAAGAGCGUGCCCAGCCACACCUACUCCCACGAGGUGGUCACGUUAUGGUACCGUCCUCCAGACGUCCUGCUGGGCAGCACGGAGUACUCGACCUCGCUGGACAUGUGGGGCGUUGGCUGCAUCUUCGUGGAGAUGGUGACCGGGAUGCCGACGUUUCCGGGCAUACGUGAUACCUACGAUCAGCUGGACAAGAUAUUCAAAUUGCUGGGCACGCCCACCGAGGACACGUGGCCGGGAGUCACCCACUUUCCCGGCUACAAGCCACACAAGCUGGGUUUCUAUCGACCGCGGAAACUGGGUCACAACUUCCCACGGCUAUACGACAUCAUCGAGGGCGAGACGAUAGCGAACGGCUUCCUGCAGCUGAAUCCGGAGCAGCGUUUGGGCGCCGAUGAUGCACUGCAGCAUCCGUACUUUGCGCAGUUGCCAAAGAAACUCUACGAAUUGCCAGACGAAACCUCAAUUUUCACCGUGGAAGGCGUGCAGCUUUACACGGAGCCAAAUCGACAGAAUAAAUGAAAAUUAAAGCAAGUCCUCUCUGUGGAUGGCGUACGUUUCUACUGUUAGGAUCCCAAUCACCCAAUCAACAUCCUCCCGGACUAUCAACCUGUCAAUCAACCUAUCGCAUCAUCCAGCAAUCGACAGCCAUAUAUAAUGAGGAAGUGGAACUUCUCGCCCGCGCGGAAGUUUUGUACUAUAAUCUAUGAUACUUUUUAGUUGUUAGUUCGAUUUCGCAGUGAGUUAGCUGAGGGAGUUUUGCAGAAAGCACGGCACCAACGGCAGCAUUUUAUGUUCAGUCAAAUUGCUUAAAGUUAGUAUAGAUUUCAUUAGAUUUCUCGCCAUCCUGCAGCCGCGUCGAAAAGGAUACUCAGUUUAGUCAAAGCGCAGACAAGUUUUUCUGUAUUCUUUUGUAAGCUAACGAAAAUUUACAUUUAAUGGUAGCUUUUAGUGAGUGAAUUGCCUCUGUGGAUUGCGCAAUAUGUUCGUUUUGCAAUGAGUGAGAGAUAAUCAUCAUCAUGUCUGAUAUGCUCGUGUGUAUUUCGUUUUCAUUAUUUUUUCUUUGGUUUUUAGUCGAUUUUUUCAACGCGAAUGUUUGGCUGCGUAGUGUUUAUUAAAAUUGCAAAUAAACAUUCAAUUGGUUACUGCUUUAAUAGAGUGCAAUUAAUAAAGAUUAAUGAAAUGGCAGCAAUGCGCCUAAAAAAUGAAUCAAUUAAUCAAAUAAUGUGCUCAAAAAAUGUACGAUUAUUUCCAAGCAAUUACUCAACUUAAAAUACUUAUACUUUUUCAAAUUAAGAGAUGUUUAUUUCUGCUCACAGCUCCUUUUAAUUGUUUGAUUGUAUGAUUUUGUACCGCUUCCUUUGUCAUUAUAAAAUAUAUUAGUUCGGCGCGCUGUUUAAGUGAUAAUUUUAUAACUAUUAAAUGAAUUUAUGUAAAAA